CGCCGCCAGCUCACACUAUCGCUCGACUCAACAGUGGACAUCCUCGCCCGUUCUCCAUUGGGGACUCAGAUCCCCGGUCAUUGGUACGAACUCCUACCCUCGUUACCUCCUCCCGGCAUUCGCUCUCCAGCCCCUGUCCCCGUCCCUAGCUCCGAACAAGAUCACAGUAGCGAUGGUGAUGACGACACCGACGAUGACACUCCCCCUGCCUUGCACCCCCUCUCACCUCCGUCCUACCACCGCGGACGUCUUUCCCAGUCCUCUAGUCAAUCCUCCGUCCCUCCCAGGCCCAGAAACCAUGAGCGUUCUGCCUCUCCCCCUCCUCGCCGUCCGUCUUCAGCACGUUCCCUCGAAGACCGCCUCACGUCCCCCUUGCCCUCGGCCUUAGGGCACCCCCUCUCCCUUGCCCCGGACGACGACAUCUUCGAGAAGGGGUUCCGAGGUUCGCGGGAGGCCUACCUUCACGAGCAGGAGUCGAAGUACGGUCGUGAUGAAGACGGCGAGGUACGCGAGAUCAACGACUAUCUUGGCCCGCUCAGCGAUGAGAACAACGUCUAG